UUUUCAAGCAAACGGUCUGAAAAUAAUUCAAAACACAUGAUACGUUUGACUUCAUGGGUGUUGGGUCCGUAACCUAAGCAACACAUCUUUCAAUUGGUCCGGUCCCACCCGAAAUACCAAAUGUAAGAUCCCGUUUAAUUGGCCAAUAAUUGCCGGCACUUUCUGUAAAACUAUGUCAUUGGUCGCCGCGAGUCAUGUGACCGAUGACGUUACGUACGGUGAAGGAAGGAGAGGAAAGAUGGACGAACGUCGUUGGUUUAACUACUAAGAUCAAUUAAUUCGUUUCGAUCGCGUAUUUGGAAAAUUUUAAUAUAAACUGUGAUACGUCAACAAUCUAUUCAUUCCUAUGUUCAGUUUUUGAAGAGCGAGAAAGUCGAGGAUAUCGUUGGGAGUAAUUGCACGUUGUUUUAGGCCUAACAGUUUGUACAUUGAAUUCAAAAUAAGAUACGAGAUGGAUUCGAAUCGCCAUCGAUUCGAUUAAGAAAAUAUCGGCUUAUGAUUGUAAGUAAUUCUUACAUUCCCGUCAAUUGCGAGGCAUCUGUUCGUCGUUGGUCUCUACUAUGGAACUCGUUAUCCACAAGUUGACUUUUAGUUCAAACAGAUGAUUUUCUAGAAGGAGAAAUUCGAAUAUUUAUGUGUUUAUUGAUGAUCGAGUUUCCUCGUUUUGUUAACAAUCUGACCAUCACCUAAUUCGGUCUUACUUACCGAUAAUGUCUUCACAUCCAUCCCAUUCGGCCUCUCCUGGAUUUGUGGAUAAAAUUGACCCUUUUAAAAAAGGUUCCGUCAAAAGAAAACAAAAAAAGUCACAAGGAUCCUCGCGUUAUAGGUCAACAAAUGAUGUAGAAUUACAAGCUCUGCCUCUAUUGAAAGAUGUACCAGCUGCAGAACAAGAAGAAUUAUUUAUUAGAAAAUUACGACAGUGUUCCAUGGUGUUUGAUUUUAUGGAUCCUGUUGCUGAUCUCAAAGGUAAAGAGAUCAAACGAGCAACAUUAAAUGAAUUAGUGGAAUAUAUUACUGCAGGUAGAGGUGUUCUAACCGAACCAGUUUAUGGAGAGAUAAUUCGAAUGAUCUCUUGUAAUUUGUUUCGUACUCUGCCUCCAAGUGAAAAUCCAGAUUUUGAUCCUGAGGAAGAUGAUCCUACUUUAGAAGCUUCUUGGCCACAUUUGCAGCUGGUGUAUGAAUUAUUUCUUAGAUUUCUUGAAUGUCCAGAUUUUCAACCUGGAAUUGGAAAGCGAGUGAUUGAUCAAAAGUUUGUUCUUCAGCUCCUUGAACUAUUUGAUAGUGAAGAUCCAAGAGAGAGAGAUUUUCUGAAAACAGUUUUACACAGGAUUUAUGGAAAGUUUCUUGGUCUUCGAGCUUUUAUUAGAAAACAGAUCAAUAAUAUAUUCUUAAGGUUUGUGUAUGAAACUGAGCAUUUUAAUGGUGUUGGAGAACUUUUAGAAAUAUUGGGCAGUAUCAUCAAUGGUUUUGCCUUACCUCUUAAGAGUGAGCAUAAACAGUUUUUGGUUAAAGUUCUGAUUCCUCUCCAUAAACCAAAAUGCUUAGGAUUAUAUCAUGCUCAGUUGGCAUAUUGUGUUGUUCAGUUUCUCGAGAAGGAUGCAACUCUUACAGAGCAGGUAGUUAAAGGAUUAUUAAAAAUUUGGCCAAAAACUUGUAGUCAGAAAGAAGUUAUGUUUCUGGGAGAAAUUGAAGAAAUACUUGAUGUUAUUGAACCUUCUCAAUUUGUUAAGAUACAGGAACCUUUAUUUAAACAAAUAGCAAGAUGUGUGUCCAGUCCUCAUUUUCAGGUUGCUGAAAGAGCUCUUUAUUUUUGGAACAAUGAGUACAUAUUGAGUUUAAUAGAAGAAAAUAACAAUGCAAUUAUGCCUAUUAUGUUUCCUGCUCUCUACCGAAUUUCCAAAGAACAUUGGAAUCAAACAAUAAUUGCUCUAGUCUAUAAUGUUCUUAAGACAUUUAUGGAAAUGAAUUCAAAACUAUUUGAUGAACUCACAGCAUCUUAUAAAGCAGAUAGGCAAAGAGAGAAGAGAAAGGAAAAGGAGAGAGAAGAAUUAUGGAAAAGAUUAUCUAAAUUAGAAAUGCAAAAGAAAUGAUCAUUGGUAAAAAUAAUAAUAAUAAUAAUAAUGCAGUUCCACUUCCUAUAUUGGCAGGAGAAACCAAAAUCAUGAUUGUGUUAUAGCACCCAUAGCCAAAGCUUAUAUAUUCUUCCCCAACCUCAGUGGUUCAGGAGUAAUUUAAAGUACAGCCACAAGAAGCUGUUUCCCCGUCUUCUCUUCACACUUCAGACUGUAUAUUAAUUACCUGCUUGAAAGACAAGCUCUGCAAGAAGACUUUUGCAAAUAUAUCUUUUGUGUACGUAAGACGGAGCUCGAAAACUUAUAGGUAGACCAAAUACGAAAAUGAUGUCCACCACACCAGUUACCAUCGUUGUUGUCCCGUUCCACAUUAUAGAAAUCGGCAGGCUAGUAUAUUUUUGGCGCAAUAACUCUGGUACAGAGAAUAACCGUUCCGUGUUACUAUUACCAGGGGCAAUAUACAAUCUGUGCAAAAAAUCAUUUCUAGUGGCCUCUAAGGAUAUAAUUUGGGUCAAAGAAUGUGGAAUGGAUAAUUUUCACACAAAUUUGUCUUUGUGAGUAAUAUGUGAUUGUAAUUUACACUGGAAGUUCUCAAGCUGCAUGAAUUGAAUUUUUUUUUUCUGUGAAAAACGAUCGCAUCUAGAAUUUAAAUUACAUGCACUUGAAAAUGGGACUAUUAUAUAUAAGUUAUCACAUAAAGAGAAAAAUAAAAAAUAUAGAUCAUCCAAUUUUCUGUAACUGGAAUAUGAUGUAUUAAUAAUUUUUCCCCCUUUCACUGCUUUGCUUUUUAAGUUCAUCGUUGGAAUAUAAGUUGUUAAGGCAAAAAAAAAAAAAAAACAAGUUUUGUGUUGUCACUAAUGUCCAGUAUUAGCUACAGACAAACUUGUAUAAUCAGUGCUUGCUGUGGCCAUGCUUGGACCGAUCUGGUGUAAAUAAAGAAGGGUUACUCAGUGCCCCAGAGAAUUUAAUUAUUUCAAAACAUUAAGGUUUUACUGUAUUCAUUUUGAUGCAGUAGUCUAUGUAAAAUAAAUAGAAAAUUGUAGGAUUUUGUUGCAGGUUAGCUUAACAUUUGCAUGUGAAAAAUUUACCCAGUUGCAGUGAUUUGAAAAAGUAUCACAAUAUUAUCUCUAAAAUAGAAAUAAUCAUAGUUAAAAAAAUUCUAAGUGGACUUGGAUGGGUGGAUGGGUUUAGAUAGGAGCUAAAAUGAACA